ACUUUGUGCGACAGUCCGACGCACUUUACAGCGCCCCUGCCGUGCUGCGCGGCGCUAGUGGAAGUGGCGGCAGUGCUGUCUCGACCCCAUCGUACUACACAAGCGUACUUGGCGGUGGGCUCGCGCUGGGAUGAACGCGCGGUGCCGAGCCGCGGAGUGGAGUCAUGGCCAGUACAGUGGUAGCAGUUGGAUUGACCAUUGCUGCUGCAGGAUUUGCAGGCCGUUAUGUUUUACAAGCCAUGAAGCAUAUGGAGCCUCAAGUAAAACAAGUUUUUCAGAGCCUACCAAAAUCUGCCUUUAGCGGUGGGUACUAUAGAGGUGGGUUUGAACCCAAAAUGACAAAACGGGAAGCAGCACUAAUACUAGGUGUAAGCCCUACUGCCAAUAAAGGGAAGAUCAGGGAUGCCCACCGACGGAUUAUGCUCCUGAACCAUCCAGACAAGGGAGGAUCUCCUUAUAUAGCAGCCAAAAUCAAUGAAGCUAAAGACUUACUAGAAGGACAAGCUAAAAAAUAAAGUAAUCUGAUGAAUUUUAAGUCCACUAGUCUAUUUAUGAGCAUGUUUUGUAAUAAAAUGCCUCAGACCCGAAACUCAUGAAAAUUGCUUGGCAAAAGCUAAA